GUAUUCGCAAGGUACAUAGUUGUCCAUUGAAAACGUACCUGACUCCAAUGAGUUUUCACACAAAAGUCACCCAACCUCUGCAGCAAUAAUACCAACGAAUCCUACAUCUCCAACAUCAACCGCAGCAGCAGCAGCACAUCUCAAACCAUGCCCGGCCGUCUCGAAGGAAAAGUCGCCAUCGUGACUGGUGGUGGAGGAGGAUUUGGCAAGGGAAUUGCGCAGAAAUUUCUCCAAGAAGGCGCUAAAGUCAUUAUUGCAGAUUUUGUCGAAGACAUUGGACAAAAGACUGCAGAUGAAUUGAAGUGCGACUUUCAUCGAACGGAUGUUACCAGUAAGGCAGAUUGGGAGGCACUUCGCGAUUUUUGCCACAAGAAGUAUGGCAAGAUUGAUUGUGUGAUUAACAAUGCUGGAUGGACGUACAGGAACAAGUCGACCAACGAAGUCAUCGAUGAGGAAUUCGACAAAGUAUUUGCCGUCAACGUCAAGGCCAUCUUCCACUCGACGAGUGUGCUCGUGCCGUAUCUUCAAAAGCAGGGUACUGGUGGCUCGUUCGUGACCACUGCUUCCACAGCUGGGAUCCGACCUCGCGGCGGACUCACCUGGUACAACGCAUCCAAGGCAGCAGUCAUCAAUGCUUCCAAGAGCAUGGCAGUCGAGUAUGCCAAGGACAACAUUCGCUUCAAUACCGUGUGUCCCGUCGUAGGCCUGGGAACUGGACUGACCGACUCGUUCUUGGGCAAGCCAGAGAACCAAGCCACGUUCAUGGCAACGAUUCCGCUCGGCCGUGGCUCGACUCCUCGUGAUGUGGCGAAUACCUGUGCGUUCCUGGUCAGCGAUGAGGCGGACUUUUUGACGGGAAUCGACGUUCCGGUCGAUGGAGGUCGAUGUGUCUGAGAGUAUUUUCGUUCUUGUGUACCUACAAACCUAAAUGCCUAAUAACGGCGGGUGAAAUUUAGCACAAGUGCAAUGCAGUCAUGC